ACAAAAACGAACCGAAAUUAACAAAAAGCGGAAAAUACUUGAAAUGGCCCCAACACUCACCAACUCACCCAAACCUCGUCGUAUGAGCUCGACCAUUACCAUCCGGUCCCGUAGCGCAACCCGUAGCAUUACGCCAAUUUCGGAAGACGAAACGAUGUCACGACGCAUGCGGCGUUUCAAGUCGACCCUUCCCACUAUUCGUGAGGAAAAGGAAUGUGAUGAUCGCACAACCCGAAAAACGAUCUCACAUCACAGAAAACCCACGUCACAUCGUCAUGUCGCUUGCGGAAUAUGCAAAAAAGACCACCGUCUAGUGACUUGCGCUACGUACUCGGCAUACAAUAUAAGCAAAAAAUACGAAGCAGUAAUAAAGCAUCACUACUGCGUUAAUUGCUUAGCCAGGUCGCACAAGACAGAAGGAUGCACAAGCAAAAAUCGAUGUUCCACUUGCCAUGGGAAACAUCAUUCAUCCCUACACGGACAUCCGAGGCUAUACCCGACCAACGAUGCCAAUGUUGUUGAGAAACAUCCACUUGCGAUAGAGACCCGACUACCAUCCUUACUGGCUAAGCAGACCCUAGUACCCACAUUGAAGAUCCGAUUAAGAUGCGAUGGCGAAUGGUAUAAAGUUCGAGCCAUUUUGAACCCUACCCUAAAAAUUACAAAUAUAGCGGCCGAACUCGUUAAAAAAUUAAAACUGCCAAUUACAUACCUCAACACGUAUCGUAUUUGUAGCAUCAAAAUAAGCUCCAAUAAUGACACAAAGUUUUGUCUGGAAUGUAACGCAGUAAUCACCCACAAUUUACCCAAAAAACCCUAUGAGCGAGAUCUAAGUGACGAUGUGCAAAUGCGCUUUGAACACUUAGUUCUCGCUGACCCUCAAUUCCACAGCAACAAAGAGAUAACGUUGGAGAUUGGAGCGGAUAUAUACCCUCAAGUUAUCAGAAGUGGACUCUUUAAACCCGAAAAUGGUACAGUGGUGGCGCAGAAUACAGCAUUUGGCUGGACCCUUACUGGCACCAUCUAACCCUAAGUAUACUGCUGAUAAUUACUCCAAUCAAUCUCAAAUUUUUCAACCAAUAUGUUACCCUACUAAUACUCAAUUAUUUCGCAGAUUC